GUCGCCCUACUACCGGCUAGCCCCACGAACAGGGUGUAUACCAACCUCCUCACUCCUACCUUUCCACCUUUGGACCCCAUCUCCCAGCCUCGCAACGACCAAAAGGUCCAACGCACCAACCAGAGCAACAAAACCAGUAGGCCCGCACACCGUGAAUAUGCAAGUCCUCCUCGACGUGCAUACACAUGCAUUUCCUUGUACCACCCAUUGGCUCGACUACCACCAUCCAAGUGGAGGAGGGGGUCUGCUGCUGCUGCAAAGACGGCAAGAACGAGAAGCGACGGAAAUUUCGAGGACACCACCACGAUAAGCAGGAUGAACCUGAAUUUCGACUAUGUCGAGCCGCCAAGGAACGGCUCGUAUGCCCGCAAACCGAAAAAAUCACACGCCACAAACAGAAGAUCAGAGCGAAGAAUAGCUUCAAGUAGCAGCUACACCGAGUCCACGAGAUUACGAGACAGACGAUACAACGAUUACGACGAUUCCACAACUGCUGCUUCAGACAUUGCUCAGCCAAGCGUACUUCCGGCUGUACCAUCUCCUCCAGGAACCGCUUCUAGCUGGCCGUCAGAGUCGGAGAUUUACGGCCCAGACCGCUUCAACGGUCCAGAAUACGUCCCAGAUUACGGCCCAGACCGCUUUAACUGCUCAGAUUUUGGCCCAGAUUACGAGCCAGACCGCUUCCUUGGCCAGCGUCAAGCACCUGUCAUACUGACCGAGGCCGCUCUGGCAGAAUUGAGGGACGAACCGGACCUCACUCUGGACGACGUACCAGACAUCGGCUACCGGUGCAUGCUGGAGGGGCGAGCAGCAGCCGCCCAGGGCAUCUCUAUCAAAGACAGGAUGGCUCUGGAGGCCGGCCAGGUCACGCCCGGGUUGGAUGACACGGAGCACCUUCAGUAUGCCAUUGAAGCAAUUACCAAGGAUUUCCGCCGGGGAGGGCCGUCGAAUGCUACGGACAGCAACCAAUCAGCCGAUUAUGAUCCGUCCAUACCUGAUCAUGACUAUCCCGCAAAAUAUUCUCGACACCCAGGGCCUAGGGGCGUGACUCCACCGCCCAACGGCCGGAUGGAGCGUGACCUGCAUCUCCAGAAACACCAGUCGCAGCGUAAAGCAAGGGCCGAGAAAAAGAGGGAUGCAGGCAUUUCCCAGCCUUCCUCCCAGUCCACAUUGGUGCGACAUGGCCAGCCUCCUGGCGUGGCUGAUGUCUCGAAAGAAAACGAUCCCAGGAACGCUGAAAAGUAUCCCGACAGAUUCGAGGCUUCGUCUGCUAGGAGCCAAACUCAUCUAUGCUUCCGGCCCCGUGCAUUGCAGCAUCAAUCUCUGUCGAUCCUCAUGGCUCUGUGCGUGGUGGCCAUUGCUCUCCUCAUGUUCUGCGCCAUCUACUCGCAGACCAAUAAAGGCUUUGUCAACUACAACGGUACUAUAUAUGGAGGCCAGUUCUUCGUGUUUCGAAUGCUGCCGCAACUCCUCGCAACGGUUGUUCUUUUCUAUAGCCAGGCGGUGAUGAUGACUACGCUGCGCAUUCUGCCUUUUACACGGCUAGCCCAGAGUUCGGUCUAUUUUCGCAGUGGAGCCCUCUUUGAUGAUAUAUAUCGACCUUCCAUACAUCUCUUCCCUCGCCUGCCUCUGCCAUUACGGCCUGCCCCUUACCAGGUCUCAACCGAUCCGAGGGACAGACCCUACCCUGGUCGGCCGCCUAAGCAAGUCCGGAAUCACAACUACAAACAGACACUGCCUGCACGAGUUCUCUACUACUGUGACCUGUGUCUGCCCUUGCUCAUGAUGUGGUUGGUGAACUUCACUAUACCCUUGCAGAGCUCCCUGUUCACGGUUGUGUAUAUGGGCGAUGAUACUUGGCGCUGGGCAACGGUUCAAGGAGUCGCAUGGACACUUAUCGCGCUGUACCUCGGCUUGUUCUUGGCGAUAUUUUUGACCAUGAGAUACUGGCAAAGAAAUCCCUUGACAGGGCUUGCCUGGGAUAUCCGGUCAAUUGCGGACGUGGCGGCUCUCGUGUCGCACGGAAACCACCCCGACACGAGUCCUGCUUUCAAUCUCCUCAGAGACUACCGCGAUACUGAAGUCAUGGCCUCUCGUGACGAGCUCAGAUGGGCUCUACGAGACCGCGAUAGCGACAGGCUUUCUAUGUGGGAAAUGCACAUGGAUUUGGCGGCAAACCCACAGCCAGGAAACGCGGUUGGGUUCGAGAACAUCCCAACACGAGGCAAUAUGAUCGAGUACGGCCUCGGCUCUGCAAGAGGUCACGAGCUGGAUCUCGCCAGGUGGAGAAAUGCGAAAUAUCCAAUUACGCAAAAGGUGCUGGACGCUCGCGAGCGUACUCGACCACAAGAAUCUCGGCGCGACAUGGCCUCAGAGAAGGAUGAGGAAGAUAUCGAUAUCGAGGCUUCGCCACACAAUAGGAGGGUGCGGUAUCGCUGGCUGCCAUGGUGCUUCCGCACCCGUCAGUUGGUGAUCUUCAUCAUCGCCAUGGUCGCAGUGCUGAUCACGAUUCUGGCUGUCUCGUUUGCGCCUGCAACAAACAUCCAAAACGGCUUCUUGCCCGGAUUGCGCGCUGGUCCCGUCGACGGAAGCUUCUCUUCUGCGAACUUUCUGUAUAGCUUCCUGCCAGCCUUCCUUGGUAUGCUCUUGUUUCUGAGCUUCCAGAUACUGGAGAUGUGGCUACGCAUACUUCAGCCAUGGGGUGAGCUCACUGCUGGACAAGAGGGAGCGUUGCCCGAGCGCUCGGUGCUUGCAGAUUACGCAGCUUGUGUUCCACUGCAAGCAGCCUACCGUGCAUACCGCAACCGUCAUUGGCGUGUCGCCGUGAUCCAUGCUCUAUCCGUCAUUUUUAUUUUGAUCCCCGUGGUGGGCGGCGGUAUGUUCAUGGCACUCACAACCGAUGACAACGAAGUGCGCAUGGUGCCCAACAUUCCAGCCUUUGGAUUCCUGCUCGCGCUUCUGGCGGUCUACCUCGUGGCUCUCGCGUCGUUCCUUCAUGGCAGGGCUCCAUUCAAGCUCCCUCACGGAGUGACGUGCUUGGCCGAGAUUAUCUCGUUCGUGGCAAAUGACGACGUGGCCGAAGACAAGGUUUUCCACGAUAACAAACUCAGCAAGUCGCAGAUGAUGCGCAAAAUGGGCGUCGGCAAAUCCUCUGAGCACCAGGAUCGGUGGCGUUUUGGGCUUGGCGCGGGACAGGACGCACGCCUCGGUGUGAGAAGGGUUGUCAGGUUCACCGAGAGUCCGAGAUCGAGCCGGCGAAGCAGGAAAGCGUCGGCUAUGGGUGCGGCUGGGAAGUCAACACGCAGAGAUGGUAGCGGCGGGUCGAAGUAUGGGUGAGCGUACUCACACGCGAUCCCGUCGUCGAAACCAUGGAGCCAGCCCCAGCCUGGGAACCCGUACCCGGAGUGGAUUUGAAAAGGUUAUCGGCCGAUCCAGCUAUUGCAUACUCAGAGCUUCGCUAAGGAUGUGUUGACUUCGCAGUCAAUCGAAAGGACGCCACAGCUACGAGAUGAUUUGCGAUUGGGUCCGAGGCGCGCGCCUUCGAACGACGCGAGUACGAAGCGCCCUGGCUCAUAAAAUUUUAUAUUUAUCGCGUACGAGAGACUGAUGCAUUCGGGAUCGACAUCGUUGAUUCCCAAUGUGUCUUUUCUUUCUCAAGGGACUCUUAUCGUUUUCACGUUGGGUUAUUCGGAAACAGUGUUCAUUUUCUGCUUUUCUCUUUGCUAGGCAUUGCGUCGGAGUCAUGAUGGGUUUCAGGUUCUUGGGUUUCUUAUCUUUUUUUCUCUUUUCGAUUCUCGUCUCAUGCGAUCACGAUGUUCAGCGUGCAAGAACAACCGCCCAUCCCCCUUUUUCUGCGGAAUGUAGCGACGACACCUGUUGGCUUUUGUUUUUCACGAAUAACGAUGACGGACGGAACUGUUACGUCGCACGAUACCAUGUAUUAGAUUGAGCUGUUUUGUUAGUGUUGACCUCACGGUCAGCACCCUUUUUUUUCAUGUUUCUGUUUCUCUCUUGGCUUAUUAAACUUUCCUCUCGGGCUGGGUUACUUUUUCUGGGUAAAAAAAUGGACCAAAUGUAUGUUUUUUUCGGAGACAUGCUUUUUAUUUUCACUUCUUGCUCAUAGACUUGGGAGGGACGGGACACGGGAGACUUACUUUCGUCCGUUUUCCCCAUCAGUCCGAAGCGUUAUUCUUUUUUACCCUCGUGGUGCUUAUUUUAUACUCUUAGACAAAUUUGCUACAUCAGCGGGUUGUUAGGACAAGGGGGUGGAAAAAUUUUAUGCAAUUACGUGUAUCGACAGCACGCUCGGAUUGGCUUGCUUUUCCUUUUUUUAAGUGCAGAAGCAAGCUUACUGUUUUUAGAUUUUUAGAUUCUGUGUCUCCUCUGGUUUCUCCUUGGGAUGACGGGAAACUGACCCGCGCGUGCGUCGGUGAGUGAGUACGCGUGUUUGCAAAAGAAGCGCUUAUCCGCCACGGGUUGCCCUGUGUGAUCAGUCAUCCGUCUGUUCUAUCUGUCUUGU